AUCGGGAGUACCUGGUUAAUCUGAUCGAGCAUCGCCCGGGAGGUUAGGGCACCCCCCAUCUGCAAGGAGAUGGUGUGGGUUUACACGUUCUACGGAUUGGCUUCCACCAGGAAGGGGUCCGUCGUGAUCGCUACCCUUGCCCUCACACUGGCGAUCCCAUCAUUAAUUCUCAUCGGUCUGGAUCUUCGCAGUUUCCUUGCUUAUGCACAGAACAAUGCCAUGUUCAAUGAAUCUCAACUCCGGACCUACAAGGCGAUCAUGAUCACAGCUAUUCUUCUCUUGGCCUCCUAUGCUAUCAGCUCUUUCAUCCUCAUGGUUGCAGCGGAAAAGAACUUGAAGACGAUGCACUUGCCUUGGCUUAUUCUUCACCCCUUGGUCACCGUCAGUCUCCUGGCCCUACUGAUUUACGUCGCAUGGCUCAUUGGAUACGAUUACAACAUGAAUGCGGUGGGGCGAAUUAAUACACUUCUCCUGAUCUUCAGCAUCUUCAUUUCCUUUUGGAUUUUGACUUGCCUCUGGGUGGUCGUGGUUAGCAACUACCAGAGGCUGGCAACCGCGACCGAUGGCUAUGCUGCCCCCCUUAACCAGACCGACGAAUGGCACCAACUUGAAGAGGGGUUGCGGAAGGGAAACGAUCAAUAUCAUCAUGACAAUGUUGAUGGAUAUCGCUUCGGGACACUGGCGAUUCCAUUGUUGAUUCUCCUCGGUCUGGACCUUCGUAGUUUCCUUGCUUAUGCACAUAACAAUGGCUUCAAUGUCUCUCAACUCAGGACCUACAAGGCGAUCACGAUCACAGCGAUUUCUCUAUUGACCUCAUAUGCUGUCAGAUCUUUCAUUCUCAUGAUUGCCGCGGAAAAGGUGAGUCAGCUCCGAAGAAAAGGAUUCCAGCUCACUUUACGGGGAGGAAAUUGUCGAUCUGUCGCAGAACUUGAGGAUGAUGCACUUGCCAUGGCUGCUUCUUCAUCCAUUGGUCACCGUCGGUUUCAUGACCCUCUGGUUUAUGUUGCAUGGCUCAUCGGAUAUGAUUACAACAUUUCAGUGCUGAGGCGGAUCUGCAAUAUUCUUAUGGUCUUCUGUAUAUUCAUUUCUUUCUGGAUCAUGACUUACAUCUGGGUAGCGGUGAUGAGCAACUACCAGGGGCUGGGAAGCGCGCAUGAUGACUAUACUGCCCCACCCUUAUCCAGAAUGAUGAAUGGCACAGCCUCGAGGAUGGGUGGCAGAAGGAACAUAAUUGACACCGUCAUGAUGAUGGUGAUGGAAACCACUUCGGAGUGA